AUGGAGGCGGAAACGAGCAAGAUAAGUGAAGUUCCCUUGCCUAUACCCAUAGGUAUCAAUGGCUUUGGAGCUGUUGGGCGAGCCGUUCUGUUUGCAUCAAUGACGGAGCCUCAAGUAACAGUUGUGGCCGUAAACGAUUUCUCUGUGAGUAUCAAUUAUGUGUUGUAUGUGCUGCAGAACGAGAGCCCGCUUUCUGCUGAAGACAAGGCGUCUCUUACUGUGGUUGGUGAGUACAUUUUCUACCGCGGAACGGAAAGGAUACGUGUUACGCAGAAGCACGAUCUUGUGGAUAUUGCGUGGCGCGACGCCGGUGUGAGUUACGUGGUGGAAUGUACUGGGUUUACUUCCACACGCGACCGCUGUUGGGGGCAUUUGACUUCUGGAGCGCGUGGUGUCCUCGUUGCCGGACAGAGCGGUGAUGCGCCGGCAAUCGUUGCUGGGGUAAACGAUUCUGAUCUUUCGAAGAUACAACCCAUCAUAUGCUCUGGGGCUCCGCUCGCUGUGGCUCUUGCCCCAUUUAUCCGCAUUUUGCAUGAGAGUUUUGGCGUGGAGGAUUGCUCGUACACAGCCAUCCAUGCCAUCCAACCGGUAGAGCCCAAUGCAGCCAGAUCAGCAAAUUCGCAGGACUGGCGGCAGACCCGGGUGACGUUGGAUAGUAUAACACCGUAUGCGCACACUGGGAUGACUACAUUUUGCAAACUGAUGCCCACUCUUUCGUCGCGAAUUACCGGAAGCGCCUUUCAGGUUCCGGUAACAAAGGGUUGUGCAAUUGACAUGUUGCUACGUUUCAAGCAACCUGUUGCCAAAGAGUCUGUUGACGAGGCCCUCAUCGAAGCGUCAAAGGAUCGGCUUAAGGAUGUGCUCUUUGUGUCAAAGAGAGAUUUCAUUAGCCGUGAUCUGUUGCCAGAUGGGAAGCUUUGUUAUGAUCCCUCGGCGUCUCAGUGCGUACGGGAAGGGGAACUGUAUAAAUUCACGCUUUGGUUUGACCUGGAAAGAAGUUUCGCGAAACGUCUUAUUUCUCUGAUACCCGUUAUGAAUGACGCGGAUGCAAAGAAGAAUAAUGUGUAG